ACAAACCUUCAACAACUUAGUUCGGCUUGGCUUGUUGAUUUGGAGAAGAUGUUGUUUGACCGCGUGAAGCGCUUCGUGAUCGUGCUGGACUGCCCCGAGGGUCCCGAGCCGGCCUCUCCUUCGCCGCCGGUGUUCAGCUCCGGGGAGGCGGUGUCGGGGCGCGUGGUGCUGGAGCUGUCCGGCCAAGCUCGCCUGGGAGAGCUCCGCCUCGUCGCUGCCGGCGCCGCCCGCGUCCACUGGACCGAGUCCCGCAGCGCCGGCUCCAGCACCGCCUACACUCAGAGCUACGCCGAGCAGCAGGACUUCCUUCGCCACCGGUGUAGCCUCCUCCCCGGGGGACACCCAGAAAAUGAAGGCUUCACAAUCCUCCCUGCAGGAAAGCACGAAUUCCCAUUCACUUUCCAGCUUCCUGAGACGCUGGCCACUUCCUUUGAGGGCAAGCACGGCAACGUCCGGUAUUGGGUCAAGGCCAAGCUCCACCGGCCAUGGGCUUCAGUCAAGCGGGCCAAGAAGGAGUUCACCGUCAUCGAGCCCAUUGACAUCAACACCCCUGCUUUGCUGGCUCCCCAGGCUGGCGCCAAGGAGAAGUUGGCCCGAACUUGGUAUUGCAACCGCGGUCAAGUCUCCGUCUCGGCCAAGAUUGAUCGGAAGGGCUACACACCAGGUGAGGUGAUCCCCAUCUUUGCGGAGAUUGACAACGGGACCUCACGGGCGGUAUCCCCCAAGGCAGCCAUCAUCCAGGUGCAGACCUUCCUGGCGCGGGGGGCGCGCAAGGAGAAGAAGGCAGUGGUGGCCAGCAUCGCAGGAGAGCCCGUGGCACCCCAUUCGCGAGGUGUCUGGCAUGGGCGCGCCCUCAAGAUCCCACCCGUCGGGCCCUCCAUCCUCCAGUGCCGCAUCCUCCACGUCGAGUACCAGCUCAAGGUCUGCAUUGACAUCCCUGGCACCUCAAAGCUUCUUCUGGAGCUCCCGCUGGUGAUGGGCACCAUCCCGCUGCACCCCUUUGGCAGCCGCACCUCCUCCGUCAGCAGCCAGUACAGCCUCAGCCUGGACUGGGGCCGCCUGGGCAUUGCCGAGCAGCCGGAAGCUCCCCCUGAGUACUCUUCUGUGGUGUCUGGUGAGGACCCUCCGGAGGCCCUCUCCCCGCCCAGCCCCAUUGGGCCCCCCAGCCUGCUCCUUGAGGGGCCCUUCUUUGCCUACAUCCAGGAGUUCCGCUUGCGGCCCCCUCCGCUCUACUCCGAGGUGGACCCCAAUCCGCCCACUGACAGUGCCGCUCUCCGCCCUCGCUGCAUGACAUGUUGAAAAGGAAAAAGGCUAUUUUUCAAGCUGGCUUAAACACGGAGAAAGGGAUGGUGAAAAUGCAGUGGACGGAGGGAGGAUGAAGAAGCUGGAGGGAGAAGGUGUCCCUCCAUGCGCUCACACGUGGGGCUCGCCCAGACGAUGUGGGAUCGAGAGCAGUGGCAAAAGCUCAUCGAGACUGGCUUUGGGAUUGAUUGGGAUCUGGUUCCUCUCUCCGAACCGGUUUAACCGGCAGCCGGUCGCCCACAUUAAGCCAGGAAAUGGGGUCAGGGGCAUGCCUCCUCCCCUCCCUCCGAAGUGGUUUCGGUGCAGUCCCGGGUUCAGGAAUACAGGGGAGCGUCAUCCUCUUUCGAAACCCGAAACUUGGGAUUUGGACUGCCUUGGCUUGGAAUAAAGGGGUCCUGAAGGAACAAGAAGAGGGGGCAGAAAGAGAAGCCAUCGACUUGGGAUGGUUUGGGGGAUCAGCGUGCCUUUUCCUUCCCUUGCUUUUGGGGGUUGUUUACCUUUUCCUUCCUUCUUGGGGGAAAUCUGUGCCUUUCCCACACUUUUUUAGGGGAUUCUGUGCCUGUGCCAAACUUUUUUGGAGGGUUUAUUGUGCCUUUCCCAUCCUUUUGGGGGGUGUAUGUGCAUUUUCUACCUUUUUUGGAGGGGUUUUUGUGCCUUUAGCUCCCCCAUUUUUGAAUUGUUUACCUUUUCCUUCCUUCCUUUUUGCAGCAUGUGCACCCACUCCUUU